AUGGGAGAAACUAUUUCAGAAAAAUGUGAAUUGUCUGAGGUUGUGGAUUCAGGUGAUGUUAUGUUCUACAAUCGGCUCUAUCUUCCUCCUCCACAACGCCAACUCAUGAGAAAUAGAUGUAUACACCCUUUUCAGAAGAUAGAUCGGGUGGGGAGGUGGUGUCCUCCUCCACAUGGUAUUUUGAAAAUCAACACGGACCGAGACGAGUCUUCUCAGGGUAACCCUGGUCCUGCUGGCAUUGGUGGCAUUGGUAGAGAUAGCUCGAGGACUGUUUUGUUUCUCUUUUCUAUCUAUAAAGGUUGUUAUACUAAUAAUUUGAUGGAGGCUCUUGCCAUUUUAUUUGUUGUGGACCGUGCUUUUUCUCUUGGAUGGAGCAGGCUCAUUUGUGAAACAGAUUCUUAG